AUGUCGCUUUCUGGUUCCUUCGCCAUGCCCGAUACGCCGGGCUCCGAUAAUGACGAUGUCGAUUCCCUCCCUUCCACCUCUACCGAAAGCUUCACAACCGAUGAUGACGAUUUCGAUGCGCAAAGGGAAUGGGAGCAGAGCUUAGAACAGUUACAACUACUCUUAACUAUGGUUUUGGUACCGUUUGCUGGGAAAUAUCUUGGCCGCAAGUUUGCCUACUGGAGUUGGGCACGAUAUAUGGAAUGGAUGCAUAAUGUUGAAAUCACAUGGACGAAUAAAACGGCAUUUAAAGCUUCAGGUGCAGUUGAAGCAGCGGCGACGCUUUGA